GGAGAUCUCUCCCUGCAGAGGUCAGGUGAAGAAACAUGCUUGCUUGAAUGAGUGAAAAAUCCUUCUGACAGAACAGAAUGUGACUGAGCUCAGACAGCAGGGACCGAAGUAGGUUAUUGGUUGCAACAGAACAAAGGCCAGCGGCAAGAACUGGACUUUGGAAAUAGAGCGUAACCAGCUGGUUACAAAUUCAAAGACUCAAGGAGUCAGACAAAGGUGUCUACAUAUGCCAAACGAAAAACAAAUACGGGUUUGCCGAUUUGUCUGCUAGGCUGGAAGUUAUUGACGAUCAUUGAUAAAAUAAACCAUCACAGUCAGUGGUGAAACAUUCUUCACAAAUGUGCUGCAGUUAUUAUUCCUCCAUCUCUGUGUGGCUUUUUCUUCUAUUUCAAGGAAAGUUCAUCCUGGGUCACAGAGUUGACAGCAACACGGAGAAUAGAGUCACAUCAUCCCUCCCUGGAUUUGGAAAUCUUACCCAGGGAUACAACAAAUAUCUCAGGCCAGAUUUUGGUGGAAAGCCUGUGAUGAUAGCCAUGAGUGUCAACAUUGCAAGCAUUUCAAGUAUUUCUGAAAGUGAUAUGGACUACACAGCUACAAUAUAUUUGCGCCAAUGCUGGACAGAUCCCCGCCUGGUUUUUAAGGGGAACAAAAGCUUUACUCUGGAUGCUCGACUGGUGAAAUACCUCUGGGUCCCUGAUACAUAUAUCGUGGACUCCAAAAGGUCUUUCCUACAUGAAGUCACCGUAGAGAAUCGACUUAUACGUCUGUUCUCCAAUGGUACCGUCUUGUAUGCUUUACGAAUUACUACGACGGUUGCGUGUAACAUGGACCUGUCAAAAUAUCCUCUAGAUACGCAGACGUGUAAAUUGCAGCUGGAAAGCUGGGGAUAUGAUGAAAGCGAUAUCUUGUUCACAUGGAUCAGGGGAAAUGAUUCUGUACGUGGCCUUGACAACUUGCGCCUCUCUCAGUACACGGUGGAGCGCUACUACACCUUUGAAACAAGAUCCCAGCAAGAAACAGGCAGUUACCCAAGACUAAUAGUGCAGUUUGAACUCAAGAGAAAUAUCCUUUAUUUCAUUCUGGAGACUUAUGUACCAUCUACUCUGCUGGUCGUUUUGUCUUGGGUUUCUUUUUGGAUCACCCUGGAUUCAGUUCCUGCACGAACAUGUAUUGGAGUGACCACUGUUCUAUCAAUGACAACCUUAAUGAUGGGCUCGCGAAACUCAAUUACGAAAACCAAUGGUUUCAUCAAGGCCAUUGACGUUUACCUCGGCAUCUGCUUCAGUUUUAUAUUUGGCGCUUUGGUGGAAUAUGCAUUUGCUCAUUACAUCACCUCUCAGAAAGGCACAGCUAAUAAACCACAAAAGGAUUCUACAAAUAAUGUCUUGCAAGAAAAUGGAGAUAUCAGCAUUGUCGACGUGCUGAACACUUCUGUCUCCAGCUACAGUAAAAAACUAAACUUUCCCACCUUUGAUAAUGUCAACUGCGGUGGUUUAGCCAUGAACCCAAAGGACAAAAUUCGGUUUAUCAUGAAGAACAAAAUGCGCAAAGUCCACGGCUACUUCACCAUUCACAAUCCGAGCAACAUCGAUCACUAUUCAAAGCUACUGUUUCCUUUGUUUUUUAUGAUGGUCAAUUUGCUUUACUGGGCGUAUUACUUGUGUUUUUAGAAGAAUAGGGCAUGACUUUGUGUCGGCAUCAUCACAGAGUAUUCAGGAAUUCACUCUCAGCUGGUGUGAAUGAUUUCGUGGACGCUGAGUCAGUUGGGAACGACUCAAAAAAAAUGGAGAGGAUAAAAUGGAGGAAACGAAAACUGUGUUCUCUGUCCUGAGCUCCUAAGAGGGAUGGUAGGAUGACAAUGUGGCUGAUUGUGUUUCCCAAACAAUGCCUGAAACGAACAUUCAAUUGGUGCCUUAAACCUUGGAUGUGAACAGUUCUCACCCUGGUCUUCAAAGAGAUAUGUCGAUGAUGAAAAUUAAAACACUUAUUCCCUAUCUUUGUCCAACAAAUUCCCAGGAUCUCUCUCUCUCUUUCCUUUCCUUUCUUUUUUUUUGCUUAUGAGGAAUGCUCUGUUGAAAGAUCUUUGAAGGACUCAGAAUCAAUGAUAAAUUCCAACAGGGCUUUUUUUCAGCUGGAACACGGUGGAACGGAG